AUGGGAGAAGCAAGUUAUGCUAAUAAUUCCUUAUUACAGCAAAAGGUGAUUUCCUUAACAAAGCCAAUCAGAGAUGAAGCCAUAACUUGCAUCUACAAAGAAAGGCUCCCUCAAAGCUUAGCAAUUGCAGACUUGGGUUGUUCUUCUGGGCCAAACUCUUUGUUUACGACUUGUGAACUCAUUGAAACUGUGGAGACGCUUUGUAGAGAGAAAACUCAUGAAUCUCCAGAAUACAUCAUCUUCUUGAAUGAUCUCCCUGGCAAUGACUUUAACAGCAUCUUUAAGUCUGUCGAAUACUUCAAACAAAAGUUCAGCAGUCAAGUUGUUGGUGGGGUUGGUGGUCAAUGCUACAUCACUGGGGUUCCCAGUUCUUUUUAUGGCAGGAUUCUUCCAACUAGUUCUUUGCAUUUUGUCCACUCCUCCUAUAGUCUUCAUUGGUUGUCUCAGGUUCCCAAAGGUGUGGAGAAAAAUAAGGGCAAUAUUUGCAUGGCAAGGACAAGCCCUUUAAAUGUCCGUGAAGCUUAUUACCACCAGUUUCAAAAAGAUUUCUCAAUGUUUCUGAAAUGUCGUGCUACGGAACUAAUUAAAGGAGGUCGCUUAGUUCUUACACUUAUGGGAAGAAACAGUUGUGACCCAUCAAGCAAUGAAUCUUGCUACAUUUGGGAGCUUUUAGCUGAGACACUUAAUGACAUGGUCUUGGAGGGAAUCAUAAAAGAAGAUAAGCUGGUUUCAUUCAACAUUCCUUUUUACACUCCAUCCCCAUCUGAAUUGAAAGUAGAAAUUGAAAAUGAAGGCUCAUUCACUUUGAAUCACUUGGAGGUUUUUGAAGUAAGUUGGAAGGCUGCAUGCGGAGAUGAGGAACUCAACGAUAAUAAUAAUUGUGGGUACAGAGUUGGACAAUUAAUGAGAGCUGUGGCUGAACCUCUUCUGUGA